AUCCAGGCUAGAAUUAAAGAUGGCGAGUGUUGGAGCCUCCGCAUUGCGGAGCGGUUUAUCGAGACGAAUAGGCGCAAUAUUGUCUUCAAAUCUUCGUCCAAGGGUUGCCACAAGUUAUUGUGAUAAGAGGAAUGUUUCUUUGACACCAGAAUGUUUUGCUUGACUCGGCCUCGGCCAUGUCAGCAGGCAGUGGGGUAUCACCCAAGGGUUCAUUACAUGCCACCGCGCACAGAAAAAUCAAGCCAUAGAAGUCGUGUGUUGUGGACCCAAGAAGUGAGAUCCCAGCACGCGCGACCCACUAGUUAGAAAUCCACUGCCAAACGCGGUUCGUGGUGCGAGGUGUGACGCCCAUCCAGCUCACCAUGCCUGCUCUAUCGCCAACUAUGACAGAGGGUACUGUUGUGUCAUGGCUCAAAGCAGAAGGAGAUCCAAUUGCAGCGGGAGAUGGUAUAUGCGAGAUAGAAACGGAUAAAGCUACAGUCAUCAUGGACGCAGAUGAUGAUGGCAUCAUGGCUAAAAUCUUGGUCCCGGAGGGAAGCAAGAACAUCCCUAUAACCGCCCUUAUAGCGCUCAUGGUUCCAGAGGGAGAGGACUACAAGGAUGUUGAUAUACCAGCACAGACCGCACCCGCUUCCAGCCCCGCCGGGGAUUCCCCCAAACAAUCGCAGGAAGGUGUCUCAGAGAGUGCAGAGUAUACUAGCAUGAGGCAUGCAGUCACAAAAUCUGGAGAAGGAUUAUCUCCAGCUGUUAGAGCGUUGAUUGAACAACACCAAAUUGAUCCUUCAUUGAUCACACCUACUGGUCCACAUGGUAGACUUCUCAAAGGAGAUGUGCUGAAAUUCAUAGAAUCGGGCGGGGCAGCUGCCGCACCCCAGCCUGCAGCGGCUACACCCCCUACUCCAGCCACGCCCGCUGUGCAACCGCCCCCUGUCGCCGAGAGGGUUGCGCCUCCUUCGUAUACAAGGACAGAGGGAAUGUUUUCAGAAGUAGAGCUAACAGGUAUGAGGAAAACUAUUGCAAAGAGGCUCACAGAAUCAAAGACCACCAUACCUCACUCGUAUUCGAUGGUGGACUGUGAGUUGACUGAGAUUGUUAGACUACGCAAGCAACUCAAGAAAGAUAAUAUCAAGGUUUCUGUCAAUGAUUUCAUCAUCAAAGCUGCUGCCGUUGCACUGAAUCAAGUACCUGAAGUCAAUGUUAGUUGGAAUGGACAACAGGCCAUGCCCCUUACCAGCAUUGACAUCUCUGUCGCCGUAGCAACAGAUGGGGGUCUGAUCACGCCCAUCGUCAAGAGCGCCGAUGCUAAGGGUCUUGUUGAGAUCUCUGCAAAUGUCAAGGAUCUUGCAACAAGAGCUCGGUCGAACAAACUGAAGUUGGAUGAAUUUCAAGGAGGAUCUUUCAGUAUCUCAAAUCUUGGAAUGUUUGGCAUCUCAGAGUUCAGUGCGGUCAUCAACCCUCCCCAGUCCUGUAUCAUGGCCAUUGGGACGUCCAAGCUGGCCAUCGGGAAAGACCGCAAAGCGUUCACCUACAUGACUGUCACCAUGUCUAGCGAUGCGCGUGUCGUAGAUGGCGCCCUAGCUGCCAGGUUCUUAGAAAAAUUCAAGCAAAAUAUUGAGAGUCCAGUAAGGCUCGGGUUGUUGUGAGACAGAUAUAUAUGUAUAUUUAUAUUAGAUGAAAAAUAUGUUAUAAUUUGGGUGCUUUGUUGAAAUUUGUCCAGGGGAUUGUUUCAGAGAAGGUUGCGAUCAAAUGCUACUCCAAGACCCAAUUGCAUCUUGACUUUCAACCAAUGAAAUUGGAGUAUUUGGGACUAAUGCUUGAAUUUCUAGGUGCGUUUGAAUGCAACUCUUUCCGCAACGAGCCCCAGUGCAAUUUCAGGCCCAAACAGCAAGUAUUUUGAAUAAUUGCUUUUAUCAUAUCCAUUACAUUGACUUAGGAGGUAAUUGCAAAUGUAUUUGGUUCCCAAAAUCAAUCAUAUUUCUUGCAAUUGCAAAUAAUUAGUUAAGCAGAGUCAAAACAAAGACUUAAAAGAUGGGUUAUUCUCCACUCUUCUUGGUAAAGGGUAUGGACAAUAAUUGCCAAGUAUGCUGGAAGAGCAGCUCACCUUACUUCAAUCUGUUGAUGCUGUUCAUCGAUCACUGGUUAAAACUCAUCCAUCUCGCUUCAGGUACAUGUAUAGGUUCAAACGGCAUGUAUGAUUAAUAAUUGGGUUGUGUGCAAAGAAAAGAAUCAAAAUGUUGAAUUUAGAAUUACUUUCAUUCAGGAUCAAAGAGAGUAGUGAAUAUUCUACUUGUAAGCUGAGGUGCUGAGGUGAGCCACUGGGUAAAUAGAACAUUGCUCAAUGCCUGAAAAUUCAUGACUAUUCAAUGUGAUCUUGUAUAGUUAUUGCUUAGUAGUGGGAGGGAAAUAGUGUUUAACUACAUGUACAUCGUCAGGUAGUAUGAAAAUCACUACAUAUAUUGAUUUUUAAUCCGAAAUAUUUGUUCGAGCAAAGGUGGUUCAUAAAUGGCUAAAACAUGUAAUAUACAAACGUUAAGUCUAGUACAUGGAUCUUGUAUAAAGCAACUUGUGUUUAGAACAGUGAGAUUUCCGUUCAUGGGAAUAUGAUUGCGAUCAGCAUACACAUUCUAUGCAGAGAGCUACCAGCAGAUAUUAUUGGAGCAUUGCGUUGACUUUUACCCAUGUGAAAUUUCAACUAAAAAAGUUACCGAAAAAGGGUGCAAUAAUGUAAAAAUCAAUUUUCAUAAAGAACCAUGUGGCUACAUGAUGUACGGCCACUAUUUAAGAUUAGAUUGUUGCUUAAUACUCACAUUAUAGUUAUUAUUAUUGACCUUUGGCCAAAGCUUUAAAAGGGCUUUAAACUCUUUCUUCAUGCAUACUGUGACCCAUUUUAUAAAACAAAUAAUGCACAGGUGUAAGUUAAUGAUGUUAGUGAUGAUGCAGGUUACUCUGGCCUUGGUGACCUUUGACUGUUAAAUUGUAUAUUUAAAGGGUAAAUGAAAAGAGACAAUGUGUGGUAUUCAGUGUCGCAAAAGUUGACAUUACUGCUAUAUUGCAUUGCGUAAUGCAGGUGAGACUUCCAGGGUAUUUCGCUUGUUACAUACAUGAAUUGAAAUUCACUCAUUAUGAUUUGAAGCAGUAAAUUCUUUAAUAAAGUUGGAGAGAAUGAGGCAA